AUGGGCAAUCAGCACGUGAAGCUGACAGUGGAUGCCUCAUUGUUCAAACCCACCAUGGGGUUCUCCGCAGGUAGUAUGUCUGCAACCGUGGAUCCUUCCGGUGAGUUUGAGCUUUUAGUAGAAGCGUACAAUGCUGAGCAGAACUGGCGUGUCUCCAAGAAGGUUUCCGUGAAACUUGCUUCUAGCGGAGGGUUUGGAAUCUCGCUCAGGGACGGACUGUUUCACGAAGUAAGAGCGGAGGCGAGCGUCGAGACCGUCCUUCCAACAUCCAAGCACAUGGCACCCCUCGACUUUGUCACAUUGGCGGUGCAGUGCGUUGGAGUCGAGGUACGUCUUACGAUGCAAGUCAUGGUCAAGAACCACCCGAUCCUCCCGGCAAUCCCUGUCGGUGUGGUUGCGUUUACAGGCAAGCUCGAUUUUCCAAACCUGAGCACCCAGCCACAACCCGACGGAGACAUCAGAGUCAGUGGUGCGCUUGUCCUGUCGGGCAGGAUCUCGGUCUCAUUGUUCGGCCAUUCAAGACUCUGA